AUUAACAUGGGAUAUAAACAUCAAAAUGAUAUUUUAACUGUCCAAAACGAUACGACACGAUUGUGCAAGACACCUCUUUAUACUUUUAACGCACGGACUGGAUUUAGUAGCCAUUUUGACUUCGGCAGAGAAGCAUGAAUUACCGUUUUCUUUAUUUUUUCGAAUUAUUGUGACUUGUGAUGGCGAAUAACGGAUCCAGGAGAUUAUUGAACUUGGAGAGGUUCGCAGCCAAUCCAGAUGACAUGUAUGAACUCCUUGAUGACCUUGAGUCCGAUUUCGAGGUGGAAAGCGAUAAUGAUGAUGAAUUUUUUGCUCCACCCGAACGCGUUUUAUCGGAAGAUGAAGAGUCCGAAAGCAGCAGCGACAGCAGCAGUGACGAGGACGCGCCUAGACCUAGUACCAGCCAAAAAGAGUCUUCUGCUCCAAUAUGGGUAAAGCAACCAUUUGAAGGCAAAGAAAUCCCUACUAUGUUUGAUAACCAUGAACCAGUGGCGGCUCGUGGGAAUAGGCAGGGUAGGCCUGGCCUACCCUUUUGAGCAUACAAAAUACAAAAAUAAAAUUUUAAAAAUAUUUUAUUUUAAUUAAAUAUCAUGUUAACACACCAAUUUAUUUAUU